AGGGAGCAGUGUGGCAAGACGCUUAACAGAGGCAGGGGGUGGUGUGAAUAUUAUUGGUUUACAGCCGCUGACAUUCAGAAAUAAACAUGUGAUGCUGAUAAAUAACUGAGGCGUAACUUGUCACAUGCUGUAAAUGUAGUAGGCCGCUGUUAUAUACAUUCGUGUGGAUAAACGAGAAGAGGCUGCUACUAGCUAGGCGGAGGUCUAGUCUCUGUCUUCAGCUGCACUCCUUCGCGUCGUCUCGUGCGUCUUGGUGAAUCGACCAUGGACUCCAGCGUGGCCUUCCUCAAGUACGAGUUGGCCUCCACCAUCGAGCAGGCUGUCCGCUGCGCCGUGGAGACAGUGCUGCGGGAGACGGCACGGGUGGUGGGCGCCAAGCUGAGCGCUGCGCAUAGCGCGGCCGCCGAGUCGCACCGCGAGAACCAAAGUUUGCGCGAGCGGCUCGAGAUCUCACAGAGCGAGCUCAAGGCCGUGCGCUUCUACAUGUCGGCGGCCGAAAAGAACAUCCAGCAGUGUCUGCUGCUGAACACUGCAGCGCCGGACGAACCGCUCCUCUUGGCGCCCCCCGGAGGCGAGUCUUCCGCCGACCCGCUGGGCAGAGGUGUGCCUCGCGGCUCCCUCAAGUCAUUUCGCAGCAGCCCGUCGGGACGGAGCCACUUCCCGUCUAAGGCCUUCCCCAGCGUGGGACUCUGCCUGCCCACCGUGCAGUCGGAGCUGAGUAGGUCGGGCGCGGGUCACCGCAGACGGCUGCGCACCUCGGGGGGUCCGGACCUGCGGCCGGCCGCACACGUGGCCGAGUUGCAGGCGGAGCAGCGCGUGCAGCUGCCCGUCGAUGUCGCCGACAACCACAUCUAUAUCACGGACGACGGGGUCGCAGACAAAGAAUACUCAGGGCUUCUGAGAGAGGAGGAUGAUGCCCAGAGGGCCCAGCCGGGGCUGGCACCUGAACCGCAUCAUGAAGAGUCUGAAGUCGGCAAGUUUGAGUUUGAAAUGGCGGCGCCGGCAGGAGACGUGAAUGAGCUGGGGCUCAUACGGGUGUUGGAGGAUGGCGAGGAGGUCAAGGAGGGAGCUGUUAAAAUUGAAGAUGACUCAGAGGAGACGACUGCAGAGUCCCUCGUUCCAGAGACAUCAGCGCUGCCACGGUUGACACCGUCACCUCCUGUGGGGAGCGUCGGCCUGGGGUUCCCUCCUGUGUCGGAGGAGAGUCCAGAAGCACCCUUGGUGAUGCCGCUGCCACAGCUUACUGGGGACAGUGCUGAUAAGGUGCACCGCUGCAAUGUGUGUGGCCGCGGUUUCCGCCGCUUCUACUGCCUAAAAACACACCAGCGGAUCCACACAGGGGAGCGCCCGUACCCGUGCCGGUUCUGCGAGAAGCGCUUCCGCCACUUGGACAGCCUGCACAAACACCAGCGCAUCCACACCGGGGAGCGGCCGUACCGCUGUGCGCAGUGUGGCUGCUGCUUCCGCGAACUGGGCCAGCUCAAGAAGCACCGACUGACGCACGCAGCCACCCCCCCAGCCCCUCCCGGCCUCCCGUUGCUCCCAGCAGGACCUUCGUACGCCUGGACUCAUAUCGGCUCUCAGUCCCUGGACUCAGCCUAAGAGUACAGUGUGCGUGGCAUGGGUGCCAAAUUCUAGUUUGGAAGAGCCACAGGGUAUGCUGCUUAUUCUAGUUUUUAAUUAUUUUAUUGAAGUAGGCCUCAUUAGUUUAAAAAAAAAAAAUGUCUCAACUGG